UUCUCUCCUCUUUCACUUCAAUUUUCAUCAUCAUCACUCUCUUUCUUCUUUCCAUUAUUUUUCUCUCCAUUGAAGAAACCAUAUUAUAUGCCAUUGAUAUUUCUCUUGAAAGAGCUCUCCUAUAUUCUUUGAGGGUUUUUGAAGAACAACAAGAGAGAGAAAGAGAGAGUGACUGAUUUUGAAGUUUUUUGUUUUUGUUUUUUUAAAUGGUAUUCUCUUUGUUUUUCCUUUGAAACCAAAAUUCUCAUAUGAGAUGAUGAUGAAGGCUUUCAAUCGUUGUUGUGGCUAAUUCAAUUGGAUAUUCCAAAGCCAAAGAGAUUAUCAUUUAGGAUUCUUUCCCUUUUUUCUUUUUUAUGUUUUGGAACUUAGGCUUUUCUUGUAUUAAUAUCUCUCUCUAUUUCUCUAUUUGUGAGAAAAGGGUUUGGAUUUUAAUACCAACAAUACAUAAGACUCUCUCAAACCCUAAAGAAACAAAAAAUAAGAGAUCAGAUUGAUUUAUCAGUUUUUGGUAUUUUUUGUUGUUUUCAUCUUUGUUGGAGUUUUCUUGAAAGGCAUUUCAUUUCACCGCUCAAACACAAAAAAAAAAAAAAAAAAAAAAAAAAAAAGGAUUUUUGGUAAUAUGUUUGCUGCAACAAUGUCCAAUUCAACUUCUUUGUCUGAAGAAGCUGCUAGUGUCUCUUCUACCACAAGAAUCCACCCUGAUUUCACUUCCUUAAACCCUCUCCUCCCAUCCUUUUCUGAUAUUCAUCACCCUCCACAAAAACCCAAGAAGAAACGGAGCCUCCCCGGUAACCCAGACCCGGAUGCAGAAGUGAUAGCGCUUUCGCCGAAAACACUACUAGCAACAAAUAGGUUUGUGUGUGAGAUUUGCAACAAGGGUUUUCAAAGGGAUCAAAAUUUACAAUUACAUAGGAGAGGACACAACUUGCCAUGGAAAUUGAAGCAAAGAAACAACAAAGAAGUGAAGAAGAAAGCCUAUGUUUGUCCAGAACCAAGUUGUGUUCAUCAUCAUCCUUCAAGAGCCUUAGGAGAUCUCACAGGAAUUAAAAAACAUUACUGCAGAAAACAUGGUGAAAAGAAAUGGAAAUGUGAUAAAUGUUCCAAAGUUUAUGCUGUUCAAUCUGAUUGGAAAGCUCACUCCAAAACUUGUGGCACUAGAGAAUAUAGAUGUGAUUGUGGAACCCUCUUCUCCAGGAAGGAUAGCUUCAUAACCCAUAGAGCUUUUUGUGAUGCAUUGGCUGAAGAGAGCGCAAGGCUUUCAGCUAAUCAAUUGGCGAUGGCGGCUGCUGUAGCAGCGGCGGCCGCCGCCUCGGGUGCCACUGACAUCAACAUAAACUCGUCCUCGACCACCACCGCCGUGCAAUCUCUUUUUCCUUAUGGUAAUCAUCAUCAUCAAUUCUUGAAUUCAUCAUUGUCAUCAUUGCCAAUGGCGUCGCAAACCCACGUGUCUUUAAACCCUUGGGACCAUCCUCAAAACCCUAAUAACCCUAAUCACAACCUCCAAAUCAUUAAGCCAGAGGAUUCAAAUUCUCAUCCUUCACAUAAUUCUCAUAAUUUUCACCAAAUUCCAAAUUUGCCCCUCUCCAAUUCCUCCUCGUCCAACAACAACAACCAUUUUGGUCUAAUUCAAGAGCAUCAACAACACCACCAACAACAGCAAAAGGCACCCUCAUCGUCCACCUCUUCCAUGAUAACUUCACCAUUUAGGAACCUCCACGUGUCAGUUCACCAAGGAUCAAAUGCUGCUACUUCAGCUCACCUAUCAGCCACUGCCCUACUCCAAAAGGCAGCAACAGUUGGCGUUGGCGCUUCAAAAUCCGGUCACCAUCAGGCCGAGUCAGCGGGCCAUAUAACUCACUUCAACAUGCCUAACAUACCCGAGUUCGGCCAACCCAAUCACAUUGACUCACUGAGUCAACUUGAUCCCGACUACGCCACGUGGCAGAAGACUGACCGGCUGACCAGGGACUUUCUCGGUCUGACUGGAGAUGGGAACGGCGGUGCUGGUGGUGGAUCCGCCGGUGAUGGAGUGGUGCAGGUUAGCUUGAGCGUUAAGGAUAUGUUAACGUACGCAGGUGGAUUGGAGAUGUUUAAGCCUCACAACAACAACAACAACAAUAGUAAUAACAACAACAAUAAUAAUAAUAAUUUUGGAUAUGGUGAGCCAGCUGCCAAUGAAGCUUGGGGAGACUGUUGAAUGAAACGCUGUCGUUUUUCACUAGAGAAAAAGAAAUCUAUAUAUAUUAAAACAAUUAAUAGUCAUUUUCCAAUGUUUUUAUUUCCAAA